UUGCAGACCCUCACCGAAGUGGUCACCCAUCAGCUGAACAAAAUCCCAAUCAUCAAGGGUAAUUUCGACAGCUUGCCGGCGAAAGUGAAGCAUUUCGUAGCCGAAAAAGCGGAUCUGAUGCAGCCGCGCGCAAUCUACAUCUGUGAUGGUUCGGAGUGCGAAUACAAAGAGCUGAUCGGCGAAUGCCUGGAAACAGGUGUGCUCACGCCACUGAAGGCCUACGAGAACAACUACCUCUGUCGCACCGAUCCUCGUGAUGUGGCCCGUGUUGAAUCGAAAACGUGGAUGGUCACACCGGAGAAGUACGACUCAGUCUGUCACACGCCGGAGGGAGUGAAAACGAUCAUGGGCCAGUGGAUGUCGCCGGAGCAAUUCGGCAAAGAACUGGAUGACCGUUUUCCGGGCUGCAUGGCUGGGCGUACGCUGUAUGUGGUGCCGUUUUCGAUGGGCCCGGUCGGCGGUCCACUCUCCAAAAUUGGCAUCGAACUUACCGAUUCCACGUACGUGGUGCUGUGCAUGAAAAUAAUGACACGAAUGGGUGACCCAGUGUUGAAGGAACUGCAUAAAUCAGGCGGUGAUUUUGUGCGCUGCAUCCAUUCGGUGGGACAGCCACGACCUGUUAAAACGAAAGUGAUCAACAACUGGCCAUGCAAUCCGGAGAAGACGCUCAUCUCUCACCGUCCGGCUGAGCGCGAAAUCUGGUCGUUCGGUUCGGGCUAUGGUGGCAAUUCACUUUUGGGCAAAAAAUGCUUCGCCCUUCGUAUUGCCAUGAACAUCGGCUACGAUGAGGGCUGGAUGGCCGAGCAUAUGCUUAUUAUGGGUAUCACAAGCCCACAGGGAAAGGAGCGUUUCGUUUGUGCCGCAUUCCCAUCAGCGUGCGGUAAAACGAAUUUGGCAAUGCUUGAGCCGGCCAUACCCGGAUGGAAAGUGCGCGUUGUCGGUGAUGAUAUCGCGUGGAUGAAAUUCGGUGCUGACGGGCGUCUGUAUGCAAUCAACCCGGAAGCUGGAUUUUUCGGCAAAGUUGAUAUGAUUGACUGGCUUGGGAAGCCGUGGCAUCUUGGAGAUCCGAGCAAAGCGGCGCACCCGAACUCACGAUUCACUGCACCGGCAGGGCAGUGCCCGAUCAUCCAUCCGGACUGGGAGAAGCCCGAGGGCGUGCCCGUUGAUGCUAUCAUUUUCGGAGGUCGAAGACCUGAGGGCGUUCCACUUGUGUUCGAAUCACGCAACUGGGUUCACGGCAUUUUUGUUGGCGCCUGUGUGAAAUCUGAGGCCACUGCUGCAGCCGAACAUGCAGGUAAGCAAAUCAUGCACGACCCAAUGGCCAUGCGACCAUUUAUGGGAUACAACUUUGGCCGUUAUAUGCGCCACUGGAUGAAACUUGGACAGCCUCCACACAAGGUGCCCAAGAUCUUCCACGUUAACUGGUUCCGAACGACUUCCGAUGGAAAGUUCUUGUGGCCUGGAUAUGGCGAUAACAUCCGUGUCUUGGAUUGGGUCUUGAGACGUUGCGAUGGUGACCAGAGCAUUGCUGUUGAGUCGCCAAUAGGCUAUCUACCGAAGGAGGGUUCGAUCAAUUUGGAUGGUCUUCCGAGUGUGAACUGGGCAGAACUGAUGUCCUUGCCCAAAAAGUACUGGUUGGAGGAUAUGGAAGAAACAAAGCAGUUCUUCGCGCAACAGAUUGGCUCGGAUCUUCCGCCCGAAAUUGCAAAGGAGCUCGACGAUCAAACCGAGAGAAUUAAAGCAAUGCCGUGA